UCGUUUGCUUCGAGAUACCGUGGCCGCAUGACGCUACGCACCUGUGCACCGCUCGCCGAACGCUCGCUAACGCAGAGCAGAGAAAAUUGCAAAAAAAGACCCACCGUGCCGAAAGGCGGGCUUAAGUUCGUUUCUUUUCUCGCUCCGUCUGCUGCCGAGCUCCAGCACCGUCAAGAUGGAACGCCGUGAACGCGUUCGGAACGCGCAAAAUGCCGUCGGGAGCUGUGUGAUUCGAUUAAAGUAAGUGGCGCAAACGGUGUAGUGGAAUUGAAUAACAAUUUAUGAAAAGUGUUUGUGAAAAGCAACAAGGAAAAAAGGUGAAAUAUAAAAGUGAGUGUUUGAAGCAAAAAAAAAGUGCUAAAAGAGAUGUAAAGUGGUUAAAAAGAACAACAAGUAGAGAAAAGAAUAUACAAGUGAAAAAGUACAACAACCGUGCAAUUGGUGACUUAAGCAGUGUAAAGUUAAGAUAAAUCGCAACAGUGUACAAAACAAAACCGAAAAGUGCAAACAAAAAAAGUCAAAUCAAGUAAAGAAAAGAAAACAAGAAAGGAUAACGCAUCACACAAAACAACAAGAGAAAAGGGAAAAGUAAAAGAAACAACAAACGAAACGAGAAGAGAUUAAAAAGUUAAGCUCAUUGUGCGUGUGACGUGUGGUAGAAUAGAAGGGGAGGUGCAGAUGAGCAGUGGGAACGCUGCGCAGUGCAUCGUACGGUGGAGGAUGGCCACAGAGGCAACAAACGAAAUGUCGAAAGAAUAACAAACAACCAACCAAUCCGCACCAGCCGGGCCGGGAAUGCAGCCAGCACUGCAAUAAGCUGUCCUCGCUGCUGCUGCUGCUGCUGCUGUCACCCUGAAGAGUAGCAAAUGUAGGAAGGUGAAAAGUGAAGUGAAGUGAGUGAGUGAGUGUGUGGCGUAGCGCAGUACCGAGCGGGAUUAAACUGGCGAUGUCCGAAGGCCGCCGUGGAUGCUGUAGAGAUAUAUGAUAUGCGUGUGCCGCGUUGGAGGUUCGUUGGGAGGUCUUCCAAACCGAUUUAGGGGAGAGUUGGAAACCGUUGGCUGAACGACAGCUAAGUUCGUGUGUGCAGAAGAUGCAACUGAUGAUGAUGGUGUGGGGUGAUGAUAAGUGCCAGUGAGUUUUGAGGAAUGAAAUGUUCUUAAGUUGAGUGAGAAAGUUUGAAAGGAGAAGAAUACGUACAGCAAGUGACAAGUGAUAAGCUAAACUGGGAAUAAAAAAUCGUGUGUUGAAAGUAGCAGCAGCUAACAAGUCGCUGUAAGGGAAGUGGUAAGGUGUCUUAACGUGGAUUUCUCUAGAGCACACAUCGCACUGCAUCUGUCUGUCAAAGGAAACGGUGCGUGAAAGUACGUCUGUCGCGUGGACGCAGUUCAACCACCGACUCAGACUGGGCUUGGCUCAGUGUGACGUGACGCACAAUGCCCACCGAAGGACCAACGCUGGACGACCGCGGUCUAGCGACACUGUCGCGGUCUUCAAGGAUCGACCAGUUUCUCGCCGGUAACGGUGGACCUCCGACAUCCCCAACCAUCCGAGGAUCUUCCGGAGGUUCCGGAAGUGGAAGCGCCCGCACUCCUUCCUCCUCUUCCAGCGGGUACGAAAGUCAGCUCGCCUUCCAGCAUCACAUGAUGGCGUCCGGGGGUGGACCACCGCCCCAGCAUCAUGGACGCGAAAGUUCCGCCUUCGUGCCCGUACUGCCCUCGCGAGCGCUAAGGCCCAGCCUGUAUCCGGGCGUGCUGGAUGGUCCGCCGGACGGGCUCUCGAAGGACGGUGUACCGAAGCGAGGUUCCAGCUACGAACUGAUGGCCAUGAUGGCUGAUAAGCGAAAGGAGCUCGCGUUGAGGGAAGCGGCCGCCGCCGCUAUGCUUCUUCCCCGACCGGGAGGACCACCGGUACAGUCUCCGUCGGGGAUUUACCCACCACCGGGCGCAUUCCUGGGUGGACCGGGUCCAUCGCCCACGUCGGCUGGUACGUUCACGUUUCCACCGGCGGGUCUGUAUCCACCGGGCGUUCCACCCGGUAUGCAUGCGGGGCUCGAUCGAAGGCUAUUGCGAGCGCCGGGACGGGCUUCGCGGCCCAAGAAACAGUUCAUCUGUAAGUUCUGUAACCGACAGUUCACCAAAUCGUACAACCUGCUGAUCCACGAGAGGACACACACGGACGAGCGGCCCUACUCGUGUGACAUCUGUUUGAAGGCGUUCCGGAGGCAGGAUCAUCUGCGCGAUCAUCGAUACAUCCACUCGAAGGAAAAGCCAUUCAAAUGCACCGAAUGUGGCAAAGGUUUCUGCCAGUCGCGGACGCUCGCCGUACACAAGAUCCUGCACAUGGAGGAAUCGCCCCACAAGUGUCCGGUGUGCAACCGGAGCUUCAAUCAGCGCUCGAACCUGAAGACGCACCUGCUCACCCACACGGACCACAAGCCGUACGAGUGCAACUCGUGCGGGAAAGUCUUCCGCCGGAACUGUGACCUACGACGCCACGCCCUGACGCACACCGUGGGCGAUGUGCCGUCGGAAGCGCUCGAUGUCGGGGUGGACGACGGUGGCCAUCAGCUGAGCGGCGAUGAGGAUGAGACAGUGCUGGAGGUAGACUCACCGGUACACUCGCCGGCGGGACGGCAUCGUUCCGUAUCGCCACCGCUCGACAUGCCUGUAUCGGCCGAGCUGGACGAUGACGAUCGGGAAGAGGACGAACGGCGACCGGAGCUGGAAGCACGCCGCGCGCGUCACGACGACGAAGAGGACGAGGACGACGAGGAGGAGGAAGAUGAUUUGAUCAGUGUGGCAGGACACCCGGAACCCGAUCCUACUCCGGUCGUACAGUGCCAUCACGAACGGCCGAUGGGUUCCAAGAGUCCGUACACGAUGCGCCCACAGUACGAUCACGGAAGUCGAUCGUCGAUGUCUUCCCAAUCGUCUCAGCAUUCCAACUCGAUGCAUCCCACCGGACACGGGGAGGACUCGCGCGAUAGUGGACCACUCUCGAUGCCGCACCCAUCCACACACGCACCGGACGUGUUCGUGCCGAUGCUGCAUGUACGGCGUGACCUUCACCACAAGAUGGGAUUGAUUGGACGUGCCUCCGCCACCAUCACCAGUGGAGCAAGUGGAGGACUUAUGGAUCAUGGAGGUGCGUUCCUCAGUCACAUUCCACUCCGCAAACGUGCUAUGGGUCCCGACGGAGAACCGCAUCCGAUCAUGAGCCGUAGUCUUCAUAUGCAUCCUGGUGGUCGGGGACAUCAUAAGACCCUUCUGCCUGAGGAGGUCCACUCGGGACCGCCGGACUCGCCCCAUCGCGAACCGAUGCCACUGAUAUCGCCCUCAGUGCCGUCUGCCUCACCGGUACUACUCUCACCUCAUCUUCCACCUCAGAGUCUUGCUCUUCCACCACCACCUCCUCCCCCAGCAGCACCCAGCUCGAUGGCCGUUCCGAUCAAUCUGGCGAACCUGUCGAACUUGCCCGUAGUAUUGCCUCCAUCCGCCACCUCAACGAGUUCAUUAUCGAGCGGUGGACCUGGUAGCAGUUCAGCAGCAUCUCCUCACCAUCACCAUCCGAGUGUAGUUCCACCACAACCGACUGCAUCCUCCAACACACCGAAAGGAGGUCCCUCGUUAACGUCCGCUCCUCCAGCAGGUACGAGUACAGCAGCACAGGUAGUGGUGGCACCGCCACCACCUCAACCACAACCACGCAAGACAGGCUUCAGCAUAGAGGACAUCAUGCGCCGCUAGCCCAUGUAGAGAUGUGCCCAGGUGACAAACAGUACAAAAACAAGGCGAGUGGAAUAGGUAUGCAUCUCUUUUAGAAUAGAUCCAGCAAUGAGGGUUCUCGGCACCAAGUGUUCGAGCUCGACGUUUUUCUUCCCCAUUUGCAGUAGUACACUCGGGACAGUACUUGUCCAAUUUAAUGCUGAUAGGUUUUAGAGUAGGUCUAAGAAUUCUAAGCUAAGCUAAGAGAGGUUAUGCCAACAGUGCCUUUUCACACGAUGAUCUACAACGGCUCGCAGGCGUGUAGGUCAGUGAGCGAGCCAAACGGUGUGGUAUCAUCGUUGUUUUACUUCCAGUAAGAGAUAAGCAGCGUUAGCAUAGGGACGUACUGUAAUUCGAUAGUUAAGCUAGCAUUCCCAUCUGUAAAGGUGCAGUAUCGCACUUAUGAACCCAGUUCCGAGGAUUAGGUAGCUAGUGAUCAGAUUCGGUAGAGUGAGAGUCCGGGGAUUAAUCACGUGGCCAACGUCGAGCCUGUAAAUGGCAGCUGUAUUAGUGAUAUAUUACGAGGUAAGUUCAGGUAGUGGCUCCAUAGGUGUGGAGGUGUAGAUUUCAGUUUGCUGACCUGCCCGGUCCGGUCGGUUUACACAGGUUCGUUUAAGUAUGCAUUUAACGCUUCCUUGUCACAAACACACUCAUCCCACAGCUCUUACGAGAGCUGUGUUGUGUCUGUGUUGUGUAGGAGCGGUUCUAGAGAUAAAAAGAGGGAUAGAGAGUGAAAAAGUGCUAAGAAUAUGUCAGGAACUGUCAACUGUAGAAAGGAAUAUUUUUUAUUUUGAUGCAACCUCCAUAUAUAUAAGAUAUUUUGUGAUUCGCUCAAACAUUCUCGAUGUAUGCUUGACUCGAUGUGUGCUCCGUUGAGAGCAUUCGUUAGGGAUUAGGAGUUUCGGGCUUUUCGCCACUGUUAAAAGAGUCCACAAAUCGUACAAUCAUUUUCAUUAAAUGUAUUAUGUUCUUUUCAAUGUAUUGAAGCGAUCGAAAUAAAGUAAAGAAAGCUGAUUUUUCAGAAGGUAACACACA